GAUUGGGAGAUGUUCAGUUCCACCUUAUUUCCUACAUCUAUGGAGGAGUCUGUGUUCUAGCACAAGCGUUAUAUCUACUUUACAUUCAGAAGAUGGGAAUUGAGAAACACAUCUCAGCUGUGGGGUUCCUCUACAUCAAUAGCGUGACAUGUAUACCUUUGCUCAUAAUUUAUACAGUAGUGACUUCGGAAAUCCUGGCGGUAAUGGCAUAUCCGCAAUGGACAGAACCUGGAUUUGUUGCUUCAUAUCUAAUAGUAAUUUCUAUGGGAUGUGUUUUAAAUUAUAGUUUGUUUCUAUGUACCACCUUAAACUCUGCUUUGACUACAAGUUUAGUUGGUGUUGUUAAAGGUGUAGUAACCACGGUGAUAGGGAUGUUUACAUUUGGUGGAGUUGAACCCACUGUUCUUAAUAUUUCAGGAAUAUGUAUGAACACUACCGGUGGCAUAUGGUACUCUGCUAUCAAGUAUCAAGAAAAAAAAAAGAAACUGUCAGCUCUUUCUAGCAAUGAGGAAGAUAGCAGGAAUGCAGUUUAG